UAGAGGACGAGGAAGUUGUCAAGCCGUCACCAUUGACAAUACAUUCACAAGAUAGGCGAAAUAACGCGUCUAAAAACCGAGUUUACAAAGCUGGUUAUUAAAGGCGAAAUCAGCCAUGAAAGCACCGGCUCUCCAACAGACGGAUCUGAAGGCUCAUACAGAUGCCAGACUGCAGUCAAACUAUACCAGACCGAGUCUGGAAAACCGCUUUCUGGCUCAAGCACCAUCGAGUCUGUCUCAGUGCAUCUUUACAUCUCCAUCUUGGGCCAAUCAGACGUCCACAUCUUCACCAUGUCCCGCCCUCAAACCGACACGACUGUCAUCCACCGAGACCACCUUCAGUCUUCUUUCAUCAACGUCCUCUUCCUCCUCACUGCUGAACACAACGAACACACUCUUAAUGAAGGACACACAACAUCAUCUGCUCUCUUCUUCUCUGACCUCCACCUGUUCCAUGAAUCCUUUACUCUCUCGCUCGCACAUGUCCACUGCUGGUGCGGUUCCUCUUCUGGGUCUGUCUCUGUCCACGUCAGAUGGGAAUUUGAAAGGCUUGUAUGACAAGAGACAAGUAGAACAGGACACACUGGGAUAUGAUGAGGAGAUCAGUCAGGAUGCUAGAUGUGGAAGCUGGGUGGAGACGGACCAGGAGCCGUCCUCAGAGAUGCCUGUUGUGGAUCUGGAUUUAGAAGAUGAUGAUGAAGAACACACAGCAGCUCCUCAGGAGGAGUUCAGGGUGCUUGAACCAAGCAAAGACGAGGAGCUUGAGAAACUGCAAGGGAUGAAGUACAACCUGUUAAAUAUGGUGUGCUGUUCUCUGGUGGAUAAGAACUGUACUCCAGGCCAGAAAGACUGGGAUGAUGAGAAGAGCGUGUGGAUUCUGAUGAAGGGCCAAGCCACAGAGAUUUCCUCCAGCGACCCAGAGUUCCUCCUCAAGGUUGCUGUCUACACCAGGCAGGAACUGAACAUUCGUGUAACAGCCAACUUCCUGCUAGCACUGGCUGCCCAUCUGCCCGCUUCCAAGCCACACGUGAGACGAUACUUUUGUGCCGCCGUGCAGCUGCCCUCUGAUUGGCUGGAAGUGAUAAGAAUCUACAACACGUGUUUCAGUAAAAGUUUGCCCAGCUGUCUGAAAAAAGCCCUAGCGGAUAAAUUUAAGCAGUUCAGUGAAUAUCAGCUGGCCAAAUACAACACACGGAGGCAUCGCUGCAAACAUAACAAGAAUAGAAAGAAAGGAAAGCAACCAACUGCUGCACAAUGGAAAAAGUGGGGCGACCUUCUUAAAAUGGAUUCACCCCUUCUUCAAAAAUAUUUAAGGAGCGAGCAGCGUGUUGCAGUGGAUAAAAAACAGAGUGAGUUCAGUCUCAAGAAGAUGAUACGGCGACUUCAUAUCAAAGAUCCUGCAGAGUUUGUCAUGGCCAUACUGGGAAAGAAGUAUCCCAGUGAUGCGCAGAGUUUUUCUCGAAGUGGUCUCAGCGGUGUCUGGGAUAGAGAGAGAGCCGGAGAACGCAUGAAACUCAAGCAGCCCUUCACAUGGGAGCGCAUGCUGAGUCAAGAGGGAAACAAAGCUGCCACCUGGGAGAAGCUUAUCGACAGGAGAUCUCUUCCUUUCAUGGCGAUGCUGAGAAACCUGAGGAACAUGAUCACUAUGGGCAUCAGUGAGAAACAUCACAGUAAGAUCCUCAGCAGGCUCACCUCAAAGGAAGCUGUAAUCCAGAGCAGACAGUUUCCCUUCCGUUUCCUGUCCGCUUAUAAAGUCAUUAUGGAGCUCACCAAAUUUGCGGGUGGACCUACAAAGGCCGUUCCAAAGUCCUCUGAGAUCCUGCGGAGUAUCCUGAAGAAACUGCCAAAGAGCAAACGCAACCAGAAGCACGACUGGAACACAACGGAGCGCAAGAGACUGAGGGUCACGAUGGGUGUGCCUUUCGUCUACCGCUUAUACAGCACUAAACGCAAUCUUCUGAAAAAGGCAAAUCAGAGGCUGUACACUCAGCAGAUUUUGGAUCAGUACCGUGCCGCCCUGGAGAAGGCCAUUCAGAUCUCCUGCACGUUCAAUAUUCCUCCUCUCCCCGGGCACACUCUUGUCAUCUGUAGUAUUUCUAUGUCAUCUUACGCUCGAGAUGGCCCGGAGGUCUCUCACGACUUCUGCAUCCCUCCGGAGAACACCGAUACCAUAGAUGAGACCAAACUCUCAGCUUCGAACCUGGAUGCCGCUUUACUCUUGUCUAUGAUGAUAAACCACUGCAGUGAACAAACUCAGAUUAUGCUGUAUUUGUCCGACCUUCACGAGAUAAAACUAAAGUCUUCUAACCUGCUGGAUAAUGUGAGACAAGCAAUGAAACAAGUGGAGGAAAUAACUGAUCCCAACAUUGAAGAUGAAAGCAUUACAGACACUAAAUUCUUCUCCAAGCUAACUGAAGAGAGGACGAAGGUUGAUCGUAUAAUUGUGAUUGAAAAUAACUGGACGGAUGGAUGUUUGAUGACGUGUAUCAAUAACUAUCGGCAAGAUACUGCCAGCGAUGCUAUCGUGAUAGAUGUGCUAAUUGGCAAAAAGAAUCCGGAAGAUAGAGCUUUAGAUGACCCUAACGCUGUAGUGCUUUAUGGGUUUAGCGAGCAGAUCCUGAAGUUCGUCACAGAGAGAGGCUCCUCGAGACUUCUGCAGCACGUGGAAAACAUGGACAAAGUGCACAACAUCCCCCCUCCACAGGGGCACAAAACUCAACCCGAGAGAUCCGACGAUAUCGUCGCCCUGCCGCCAACACCGAAGCUGAGGUGGAGAGGCGUGAGGGUGUUCAUCUCGUCUACAUUUAGGGACAUGCACGCCGAGAGAGACGUUCUAAUUCGUAGCGUGUUUCCGGAGCUCAGGAGGCGUGCGGCGCCACACUGCCUCUACCUGCAGGAGGUGGAACUGCGCUGGGGUGUUACAGAAGAGGAGUCCAGCCGCGCUGUGGAGCUCUGUCUGUCUGAGGUCUGCCGUAGCCAGCUGCUGCUUGGAAUUUUGGGAGAGAGAUACGGCCUGGUGCCGCCCCACCCCAACCUUCCUGAUCUGCCUCAGUAUAACUGGCUGGGCUCGGCUCCAUCAGGGUUAUCCAUCACUGAAAUGGAGAUUCGACUGUUUGAAGCUCUGUACCCAGACUCUGCACAGAGCCGUAUGUGCUUCUACUUCAGAUCACCUCAUCUCAACAGGUCAGUGCCGGUCGCGUGGAAGACAGACUUUGUUGCUGAAUCCAGCGAAGCAGAAGCUAAGAUGAACAGCUUGAAAACAUGGACCAGGGAAAAACAUUUUAAAGUUACAGAAAACUAUCCCUGUGAGUGGGGUGGAGUGGUGGAUGGAAAGCCCUAUGUCAAGGGUCUGGAGGAGUUUGCAAAGGCGGCGCUGGAGGAUAUCUGGGAGGCCUUACAGAAGCUCUUUGUUGAGGAGACAGAAGAAGAUUUCACCUCUGAGAUUAAAGAACAGGAAGUGCAUCAGGAUUCCCAACAGCGACAGUUUCACGGCAGAGCAAAACACAUUUCUAUGGGGAUUGAGAAAGUUCAGGAAAGUCAACAAAAAGGAGGAAUUCUGCUGGUGGAAGGAAAUCCUGGAGAAGGCAAAACUGUAUUCAUGGCUGCCCUGGCCCAGACGCUCAAAACCUCAGGCAAAAACAAGAAAAACCCAGUCUGUGAUGUCAUUUCCUAUUCUACGGACGCUAGCCAAUCAGCGUGCAGCGUUGAGCAGCUUCUUCGAUGUCUGGUCCAGUGGCUGAGAUUGAGGAAAAAUGAGGCAGAGUUGACUCAAAACACUUCUUACAAAGACUUGCUGUCGGAGUUCAACAUGCUGUUGAAUGACUUGAAGAAGGAAAAGCCGAUGGCCUUGCUUGUUGACGGUGCCGACCGCAUACAAGAUGGUCGAGGUCAAAAGGUGUCUGAAUGGAUCCCACAACAUCUCCCAAAAGGCGUCUGUCUGGUUCUGAGCGUGACAUCAGAAUCAUCACUUCAGAGCAGUGUUUGUAAAAGAAAAGAUGCCGGAUCGUUUCCGCUUGGACAGUUAUCUUUAACAGACAGGAAGGAGAUUGUACAGAAGCAACUGGUUGUGUUUGGAAAGAAGCUGAGCGAUUCUGCUUUCAAUAACCAGCUUCAGACGCUGCUGAUGAAGAAAGGUUCUGUGAGUCCACUGUAUCUCCAUCUGGCCUGCGAGGAGCUGAGGAACUACGCCUCCUUUGAGAAGAUGAAGGACAGCCUGCAGUCUCUUCCUCAGUCUCUGUGUGAGUUGGUUCAGAGAUCUCUGGUGAGGAUGGAGAGUCAGUAUGGAGCAGCGGGACUGGGAUGGGCUUUAGCUACACUGGUCAUCAGCUCCACCGGGUUGCGGGAGACUGAUCUUUACUCUGUAUUGAACACGUGCAAUGAUUUAAACUCCAGAGGUGGGCGAGUGUCAUGGCCGGAAACUUUACAUAUUGCUAAACAUCCCGAGACUCGUGUUCCCAUGGCGACAUUCUCUCAAAUAGUGCGAUUUCUGCACAGUCUGAUCGGCCCGUCUCAUGGUCAGGGGUCCGAUGAUAUUAUGACUUUGACUCAUCCGGAGGUGAGGUCGGCCUUUCAACAGCUCUAUCUCUCCACUGAGGAGGACAAGACCAGAACACAUCUGAUAAUCGCAGCUCACUUGUGGGUGAGGUCAAACCCUCAGGGGAAGGACACAUUUCUUCACUCUGAUCCUGAUUCACUGUCCUGUCUGCCGGCUCAUCUGAUGAACUGUCAUCAAUGGGAGCCUCUGCGUUUCCUGCUGUCCAGUUACUACUUCCUGUACGCUAACGUGCGGCACGGACGUCUUCAUCAGCUCUUGGAGACCUACAUCAUGUUCGCCGACAAAGUUGCGUCCCGUCCGCUUCAAUCCACAAGUGCAGCAGACAACAUGAAGGAUCUUGAAGACUGUCUCGGGUUUCUGAAGCGUCACAGUCCUCUUCUCUCUCAAUGGCCGGCUCUGUUUGUACAGACGGCUCUCAAUGAACCACACGACAGCUCUGCUCAUUCAUGGGCUGAAAAUAUGACGAGAAAGGGAGGUGUGCAUGCUGUUGAGUGGCUGAACAACACACUAGAAGUACUAAAAGAAGAGAGCGAGCUGGUUUCCACCUUCCAGUCUGAGCCCAGUUGUGUGGUGUUGAGUCCGGGUGGAAAGCUUGUGGCAGUGGGUACUGAAGAGGGGACUCUUCACUUUCUUCACACAGAGACUGGCCAGGAAGUGAUGUCAUUGGUAAGCUGUUGCGAUGGCAUCUCUGGAUGCGUUUUCCUGAAUGAGAGACUUCUCGGAACUACUUCAUUUGACGGGCAGGUGGAAGUGUGGGAUGUUGAGAGUGGUUGCAGAACCACCCGCAUGAGCGCCCACUCCAACAGGAUCACAGGAUGUGACGUCAGUCCGGACAGAAAACACUUUGUUACCGUCUCAAUAGAUUUAAACGUCAAGGUGUGGUCAGCGCAGAAGAAUAAAGAGGUGGCGUCUCUCGUGAAUCCCUCUCCUCUGAACUGUGUGAACUUUGACCCUGAGGGUCUGCUGUUGGCCGUGGGCUCCUGGGACGGAUCUGUUUGUGUGUGGCGCUGGCUAGAGAAUCAAAACAUUACGACUUUGUUGGGUCAUGAGAGUUCUGUGCGCAGUCUGUCUUUCUCUCCCGGCUCCUCUUUGCUGUGUUCAGGAUGUUUGCUUGGAGAAGUGCGGCUGUGGUCGGUUUCAGCAGCUACAUGUUUGGGUAGUUAUCAUGCUCACCGCGGCUCCACCGAGUCCCUGAUUUUCAUACAGGGAGGAACACUACUGCUGAGCGCUGGAUACGACCGUGUGGUUAAGGUAUGGUCAGCGGGGUUUGGACGUUGUGUCACUGUGCUGGGAGAGGAAAAGAAACUGGCAAUACAGCAGCAAAAGCACUCCAGACAUGCAGAUGAAGUGGAAGUUAACGCCCUUUGUGUGGCUGUAACCGGUCAGUACGCAGCUGUGGGAUAUCACGGAGAGGGCAUCAAACUCUACAACUCUGAGUCAGGACUGAAGGUGUGGCAUACUGAGAGGCUUCAGGUGUCCACGCUCUGCCUGAUGUGGAUGAAGGCUGAAGAUGAUGAAAUGCUGCUGUCUGGAGGCUCAGACAACCGUCUCCGAGUCUGGGAAAGGCAAAGAGAAAAUGCAGAAAGCCUUGUGCUGAUAGGAUCCUUUGGAGUGCAGAAGGGACCCAUCCUCGCCCUGGCUCAAAACACUACUCAUGUUGCAUCUGCGUCCGAUGACUUCACGAUUGCUUUGUGGUUGAAGAGUGAACUGACCUCUAAACCAUGGGUUGACCCUACUGCGGUGUGUAUUCUGAGAGGUCACAAUGGAGGGGUCACAUGCCUCGCCUUCAGACCUGAUGGAGAGGAACUUCUCUCAGGAGGCAAAGAUCAGGCUUUGAUGAUAUGGAAGGUAAACUCCUCUACUCAAGUUCUCAAGAAGUCUAUUCCCCAUUGCCAUGGAGACUGGAUUACAGGAUGUGCCUGGACCUCACAAGCUGUGAUAAGCUGCUCUAGUGACUGCAAACUGUGUGUAUGGGAUAUCCAGGCAGGAAGUUUGAUAAGAAACAUCGUGUGUAGUUCUCCUCUUAGCACACUGUGCUGCUGGGAAGAUUAUGUGAUGGCCGGGUCUGCAGACGGACUGCUAAUGGUGUGGAAGUGGAAUUCCGGCAUCGAGGUCACCAGGAUCCAGGCACACAGGUCACGGGUCCAUCACUGCACUGUUGUCAUCCAGCCAGCUACAACAAAUAUGGAAGAGACACUGAAAGCAGAGGACUUAUUGGUGGCCACAGCAUCAGAAGAUGGAACCUGUAAACUCUGGCACCCACUGCAGGUGCAGCAUCACGGCAGUCUACAUGGCCACAGCGCCGAGGUUCAGGGCGUCGUGUGCAAACAGGCGGGACAGCCGGAGUUUCUCACCGUCUCUAGAGAUCGAUCACUCAGGUCGUGGAGUGUCACCACAGCAAUGGAUUCUCCGCUUUCACAGAAGGGCAGUGUCAGAGCAAUGUGCUUCCUGGAUAAAGAUGAACUGCUGGUGUGUGGUUAUGACUCGGGCAGAUUGGAGAUGUGGCAUCAGAAUUCAAUGGUUUACUGGAAGAAGGUCAGUGAUGGCGAUGUGUGUGCUGUCACCAGUAUGCCGGAUGAUCAGAUGGCCGUGGGCUGCUCUGACUGCUCAGUGUGUGUUUGGAAACUGAAGUGGGACUCUGAGAAGAGCACUGUGGGGUUGGAAAAGGUGUCUUCGUACACAGUGAGCUAUCCCGUGUGGUUUUUACACUACUGUAUCACUCUCUUUGGAGUGUGUGGCAAUGGUGUAGUCGUCGCUGUGUUCUCAACUGUAAAUGAGCGGCCCACAGAACAGUUUUGUUUUGAUCCGUCGGCACGUCCCGCGGGAGUAAUGGCCAAUGACAAGAAGAGCUUUUGGUUGUGGGGACAAGAAAGGAGCAAAGUUUGUUUUAAUUUCAUCAUAUCUAUGAGUACCGACAUCUUUGACGUGAUGGACUUUUGUAAAAGUAAAAUAGGUGAUGAGGAGGAUGGGGAGCAGACUAAAGAGAGCAGAUCCUGGAUCACAGCUUCAGCCGUGCAGGACGAUUUCGUUGUUUGUGGAGACUCUAAAGGCUACAUGUGGUUUAACAAGCCAUCCAAACCCUCCACCUGGACCCAAAAACGACUGGCACAUGAAGACAAAGUGACUGUACUGAGACUGACCAAAGACCUCAUCAUCUCUGCAUCUUACGACAGAACCGUCAAACUGUGGGACAGACACACUAAGAAACAGUUGGGCAUGUUUGUGUGCCGAGCGCCGGUGAAGGUACUGGAAGUCAAACCAAGUAACCUCACAGAAUUUGUUUGUGGAGAUGCUCAGGGUCAACUGUACUUCCUGUCCUGGAAAGUGUGAUGCUCUUAAAUUCAAUCAAAGUGUUGUGGGAUUUUCUGAGGGAUGAGGUCAAGGCUUGUCUUUGAAGUUUGUUUAUUAAUACUUGAAUGCAAGAUCAGCUAAAUACGGAAUGACAGUUAUCAGCAGAGCCAUUGAGAGAGUUCUGCCAACGGAAGUCCAAAACGCUGGAGCGUCACGUGAUUCAUGGAGCCUUCAGAUAGUUCCAGGAAGUUAUGAUUUCUCUUUAAAUGCUUUUUCUUUUUUUGUUCAUUAAAUGUUUUUCGUCUUUAAAUGGGUUAGAAGUUUACCUCAGUUGGUCUGUUUAGUCGCAGCUCCAUGUGUAACUAGUAACUUCUGGGAACUAUUGAGAGCCUCCAUGAACCGCCAUUGCUGUAAAAAAACUGUUCCAUUGGAGUCAACGGAGUUGAUGCAACUCUCUCUUUCAAUGGCUCAGGUCUACAGACUACCAAAAUCUCUUACGGGUGUAGGUGUUACCUUAUUCUCUAGAGGUCCUGCUCCACUGAAAAACAGGAAACUAUAGAGACAUACAUUUCUAGAAAUAUUUGUUAACCUUUAAGUCGUAGGCACAUUUCUACCAUGAAUCACUUUCUUGGAAAAAAAUAUAUUAUUGUGAAAGUUAAAAACCCUCAUCUUUAUACAUGCAUGUUUCUAGCUUUGCUAAAAGAUGAUUGAAUAAAAGAUAAUUGAAUAAAAUUAAAGAUUUCCAUUACACUAAGAAUCCUUUAUCUUGACGCAUGUAGAAAACUCCGGCUUGUGGUCUUGUGCAAUUUAUAAUAGGGACGCACCGAUAUGUAAAUUUUGGCCGAUAACCGAUAAUUCUUUAACACUGGAAGCCGAUAACUGAUAUAUGGCCGAUAUACAGUAACUAAAUAUUAAUAUAAAUUCCCAAUUUUAUUGACAGAAUAUAGACAGAAAGCAUUCACACAGCAGUCCGAUUCAAACAAUAUGCUUCUGUUCCUAUAAUUUGCUCAUCCAUAAAUAUCUACAUGCUGUACCUACGUCAAAAAUGUUUUGCUAAUAUCUGUAAGUGAACGAUCACGACAUAAAAACAGUACUGUACUGUAUUUUAACUGUAAGCAGCGUGCAUCUAAAGAAGUUUAUCCAGAGGAAGUGAUUUACGAUUUAUUGGCUAUUAUACAGUAUACUGGCCGAUAACGUUAUGGCCGAUAAUUUAUCGUGCAUCCCUAAUUUGUAUUAUUUUAUACAUGACUGAACACUACAUGAUACAGUUGCCUUAAACACAGCUCUGACAUGAGCAUAUAUGUGUUUAUUUCAUUGAAAUGGAUACUAUAUUAUUCUAUGGUUAGCUAAUGAGCAUUUUAUCUUGCAUGUAAUUAUACAUGUCAAAUUUGUGUGAUGGUGAAUAUUCUGAAUAAACUACAUUUGAAAAAG